CUGGCCGGAAACACUAGCGCACAUACUACAUACCGUCGGUUUAUUUACACAUUUAAGUGUUUUUAAGGUGAAGACUUAAGCUGUCGCUUAUGCCAGGGACACAGCUGUAUACAUUUUUAAUAAAGUCAAGGUUUAGCGAAGGUCGGUAUUCAUUACAUUUGGCGGAAAGACACAGCACAUGUAGUCACGAAAGCAGCAGUGCUGACUAAUGACUGCGAAAUUCACAACUAAAUCUAACUGAAUCGAGUCAGGCAACAUGCAGUGUGUGAAACUGCCCAUCAGUGUUACAGUGGAGAUCAAUCUGCUGCUGGUGGCAGUGACCGUUUCAGCGCUCGUGACCAGACUGUGUGGCAUUCACCUUCCUAAAGCUGUUGUGUUUGAUGAAGUUUAUUACGGACAGUUCCUGUCUCUGUACAUGAAGCAAGUGUUUUUCAUUGAUGAGAGUGGUCCACCUUUUGGCCACAUGAUACUAGCUUUAGGAGCGUAUUUAGGAGGAUUUGAUGGCAACUUUGUUUGGAACAGGAUUGGAGCAGAAUACACCAGUAAUGUUCCUGUUUGGAGCCUUCGGGUAAUACCGGCCCUUGCUGGCUCUUUUUGUAUACCUCUUGCUUAUCUUCUGGUGGUGCAGCUUGGAUAUUCCCAUUCCUCAGCACUGGGGGCCUGUGUGCUCCUUCUCAUGGAAAACUCCUUGAUUGUGCAAUCACGCUUUAUGCUGCUGGAGUCUGUUCUAAUCUUUUUCCUGCUGUUAGCUGUACUGUCUUACCUCCGCUUUUACAAAGCACACAAUUCAUCUUUUAGGUGGUUUUGGCUCGUGACCUGUGGGGUCAGUUGUGCAUGUGGAAUUGGGGUAAAGUACAUGGGUAUGUUCACAUACUUUUUACUGCUAGGCCUGGCAGCUGUACACACCUGGCAUGUUAUUGGAGAUCGAACCUUAAGCCAUGGCAAAGUAGUGGUGCAGAUUUUGGUUCGCUUCCUGGCUCUUGUGGUGUUACCUGUCAUCAUGUACCUUGGAUUUUUCUACAUCCAUCUUACGCUGCUGUAUCGCAGUGGACCACAUGACCAGAUGAUGAGCAGUGCUUUUCAAGCAAGUCUAGAGGGCGGUUUAGCGCGGAUCACUGAGGGGCAGCCCUUGGAUGUUGCAUUCGGCUCACAGGUCACUCUCCGCACCGUGUCCAGUAAACCUGUUCCAUGUUGGCUUCACUCCCACAAGGCUAACUAUCCAGUCAGGUAUGAAAAUGGCCGUGGUAGCUCCCACCAGCAGCAGGUGACCUGCUAUCCUUUUAAAGAUGUCAACAACUGGUGGAUUAUUAAAGACCCUGGACGGCACAGUCUCGUGGUCCGCAGCCCACCCAGACCUAUCAGGCAUGGAGAUAUUAUUCAGCUGCUGCAUGGAAUGACCACUCGCUAUCUGAACACACAUGAUGUUGCAGCCCCCAUGAGUCCUCACUCACAGGAAGUGUCUGGCUACAUAGACUUUAAUGUAUCUAUGCCAGCUCAGAAUCUAUGGAGAGUGGACAUAGUGAACAGGGAGUCUGAUAGAGAGAUCUGGAAGACGAUUUUAUCAGAGGUGCGACUAGUCCAUGUGAACACCUCAGCUGUUUUAAAGCUCAGUGGAGCAUCUUUGCCUGAGUGGGGUUUCAAACAGCUGGAGGUGGUUGGGGAUAAGGUUUAUAAAGGUUACCAGCAGAGCGGCAUGUGGAAUGUGGAGGAGCACCGCUAUGGCCGAAGUCAGGAACAGAAGGAAAGGGAGUUGGAGUUGAAAUCACCUACACACAGCGACAUCAAGAGAAACCUCACUUUUAUGGCCAAAUGUCUUGAGCUGCAGUGGAAGAUGCUGACAGUAAAGAAUGAAGAGUCUGAGCACAAAUAUAGUUCAUCACCUCUUGAAUGGAUCACAAUGGACACCAACAUUGCAUACUGGCUUCAUCCUUCAAGUAAUGCACAAAUUCAGCUGAUUGGGAAUAUUGUUAAUUGGACCAUUGCAAACCUUUCACUGGUUGUUUACUGUCUUAUGAUUCUAACCUACUUACCAAGACGACGGAGGAAAGUUGAAGACAUUCCUCAAGACUCUUGGGAACAGCUGGUUUUGGCUGGUGUCAUUUGUUUUGGAGGCUGGGCAGUGAAUUACCUGCCAUUCUUCCUAAUGGAGAAGACUCUGUUUCUGUAUCACUAUCUUCCAGCACUCACCUUUAAGAUCUUGCAGAUACCUAUAGUCAUAGAGCACCUGUACAUCCAUGUAUUGAGAUCCCCAGCUCAAAGGAAAGCAUUUGGUGGUGUUAUUCUGGCAGUCCUUUGUUCAGUAUACAUGUCCUACCACAACUUGAGUCCUCUAACCUACGGCCAGCCAGCAUUAUCGUCAGACGAGCUUGCUGCACUGCGCUGGAGAGAGAGUUGGGAUAUUCUCCUAAGGAAACGCUGAAAUCCAUUUUUUUUUCUUUAAGAAUGGGAGCUUCAGUAAGUUCAUGAUGAUGUCAAAUCUAAAGCCAAGGCAGCUGGUAGUGUGAAAUACGGUUUCUAGGGUCUAGAGUACCCAAAUUUAAAAAUGUGAAAUACUCUUUAAUGAGAACUCAUGCUGCUCAAUCUCAAAACUCUAAACCAAAUGGACUGUAAAGCACUAUUUAGUGCUUAAUUUAUCAUGCUCUUAUGUUUACAUAUGUGACCCUGGACCACAAAACCAGUCUUAAGUCGCUUGGGGAUAUUUGUAGCAAUAGCCCAAAAUAAAUUUGUAUAGGUCAAAACUCGAAAAGGCGAUUUUCUCAGUAUUUCGAUUUUUUGCACCCUCAGAUUCCAGAUUUUCAAAUAGUUGUA